GGGUUCUACACUUGCCAAACGACGGAGAAGUAGCGAUGGAUGAGCGGAUCAAGCGUCUGGCGCCAAGCAUCACAAUCAGCGAGUGCCCCUCGGAGGUCUUUUGCACCCGUUUCUCACCGGACGGUUCUCUCCUCGCCGCAGGCUGUGGUGACGGCGCCAUUCGCAUUUUCAAUGUCGCCAAUGGAGCGCUUGCAUACACGCUAAUGCAACCGCACCACAACUACGGCUUUGGCAUGCCGUGCACUGCCCUGCGCUUUCGCCCGCUCACGAGCAGCUCCAAGACGAAGAACGUGCUUCUCGCCGUGAAUUCGAACGGGUCGGUCGAGCACUGGCACAUUACGUCUGGCAAGUGCUUGCACGCGAUCACGGACGAGCAAAACCAGUUGUAUGCGCUCGACUACCGCCCCGACGGCGCCAUGUUUGCGACGUCCGGCAAAGACCACACGAUCCGUGUGUAUGACGAAGCGACCAAGACGGAAGUGCUGAGCAUGAAAGGCGGUCAUGGCACGCUUACGGCCGGCCACAGCAACCGCGUCUUCUCCGUCAAGUUUCAUCCCGUUGAUGAGAAUACCAUUGUUUCGGGGGGCUGGGACAACACAGUGCAGAUCUGGGACACCCGCGCGGGGCACUCUGUGCGAGGCAUCUAUGGUCCACACAUCGCCGGCGACGCCAUCGAUAUCAACGCCAAAAAUGAAAUUCUCACAGGCUCAUGGCGCCCCGAAAACCCCCUUGAGCUCUGGGACUAUGGAAGCGGGAAACGGUUCGCGGCGAUUCCGUGGAACCAAAGUGCGCUCAAAGGCGAGCCGUGCUUCCUAUACGCCGCGCAGUUUUCCAAAGAUCCCCGUAGCCGCCUUAUCGCUGCGGGCGGCAGCGGUUCGAAUGAAGGCAAGGUGUUUGACCACGACGUCAACAACAAGCUCGUGGGCACGGUCGCAGGGCUCAGCCGAGGUGUCUUCACAUUGGACUUUGGCCCAUCUGGCGACAAACUUGCCCUCGCCGGCGCCGACGCAGCGAUUCGUAUCAUUGAUAUUUAUGACUUCGUGCCGGGCGAGAAGGGCCGGGAACGCCCCGUGACACCGUCGAUCAAGAAUGCACCACUCACGCCGUCGCUUGAUGCAGCUCCGACGGGGCUACGGUCGCCCAAGGCAACACGCGGCCCACCGCCGGCCGCCAAUGUGCUCGGUGUGCACAAGUAGGAAUAUACGUCGAUCGGUACGCUGCUCUGUACAAACAAGUAAUCAAUCAAUAAACAAACAUCGACGACUGCACGGGUGCUCAUCCG